UUAGAUUUAUUAUAAACUUCAUAUUAAAAUCCAUCAUAACACUACAUUUAUAAAGCUAUUAACCCUUAAAAAAUUACAGAUUGAAAUACACGUUGAACAUUGUACAAUAAAAUUACCGUAUAAUCGGGUCACGAUAUUGAAAUUAUUGUAUUAAAAAAUCAAAGAAAGGAACACGAGGAUAUUAAAAAAUUUAGAAUAGUCAAAAGAAGGUUCCCCAAUCCCCACGGUCUUGAAAAGUCUCACUUCUAAGGUUCCAUCACCUUCUUCUUACUAUGUUUUCCAUUUCCCGCUGUAUUUGUCAACAAAAUAUACAGAACACCUGAGAAAACAAACAAAACAUUUUAUCCUUUUUAGUCCUUUUUUAUGGCUUACUUUUCCUUUGCCUCGAGUACUGCCACCCUUUUACCCUUCAACUCCAACAACAUAUUACAGUUUGGCAAAUGUCGAUGUCGAGACCUCAGAUCAAACCCGUCUACGUUACUGUUACUGUCGCUCCUUAUACGAGUAGUUCUCUAUACAUCAAAAAACAGUUGGGGGUCAUUAAUGCAAGAUUAAAUGCUGAAUUGAUACUUCUUGUGAUUGAGAAACCAACUUUUCAAAAACAUAAAAAUGAAUAUCAGAAAUUUUCUGAUUUUUUAUCCUCUGUUUUUCAUUCCAUUAUUAUCAUCAUCCUCUGUUUUUGCAGCUGAUAUUCUUCCAGGCUCUUCUCUUUAUGCUUCGAGUAAAAACCAAAAAUGGUCAUCACCCAGAAAUACUUUCUCUCUCCUCUUUCUUCCCAUGACUCCGACCACUUUCUCUCUCUGCAUUGCAUAUGGAGGAUCCGUUUCAAUCUGGGAACCCGCCGGAAAAACCGACGGAAAUUCCUCUUUUCAUUUCCUUUCAGACGGAAAUCUCCGGCUAAUUAACGGCUACGGCGAAUUUUUAUGGCAAUCAAACACUACCCAUCUCGGAGUUACUCAUGCUACCCUUGAAGAUUCUGGUAAUUUCGUACUAAAAAAUGGCUCUGUUUCAUUGUGGCAUUCUUUCGAACACCUUACGGACACUCUUGUUCCUUCUCAAAAUUUCACUGUUUCUGAUGCUUUAACUUCUGGGUUGUACACUUUUAGUCUUGAUAGAAGUGGGAAUUUAACUUUGAAGUGGAAUAAUAACAUAUUAUAUUGGAAUUAUGGGGUGAAAUGUAUUAAUACUGUUAUUUCCAAUUUGACAAACCCUAGUUUAGCAAUUAGGCAAAAUGGGAUUUUAUCUCUUUAUGAUCCUAAUUUGUCUAAUCCAGUUAACAUGGCUUACAGUAGUGAUUUUGAUGAUGGUAAUGAAUUUAGGUUCUUUAAGUUGGAUAGUGAUGGAAAUCUAAGAACCUAUAGUGUUAGCAAUGGAAUUACUACUGUAAAAUGGACUGGAAUUAGUGAUCAAUGUGAGGUUUUUGGGUACUGUGGGAAUAUGGGAAUUUGUACUUAUAAUGUGACUGGUAAUCCUACUUGUUCUUGUCCAUCAAAGAAUUUCCUUUUCGUCGAUCCUACUGAUAGUAGGAAAGGUUGUAAGAGGAAGGUUGAGAUCAAAGAUUGUCCCGGGACUGAGACCGUGUUACCUAUGAAUCAUACUCGAUUCUUGACCUAUCCACCGGAGUCAUCUGCUGAACAAUUUAUUUUAGGUACUACAGCUUGUAGGUUGAAUUGUCUUUCUGGCAGUGGUUGUGUUGCCUCUACUGUCAUGGCUGAUGGUACAGGAUACUGUUAUAUCAAAACAUCAGGUUUUGUUAGCGGAUAUCAGUCUCCUACGAUCCCUGGAAGUUCAUUCGUGAAGGUUUGUGGACCGAUUGAGCCAAACCUGCCUAUGAUACUAGAGGGAUCAGGCAAUUCUACAAGUUGGAAACUGCAUUCUUGGAUAAUUGUUGUUCUUGCUUCUUUAGGUACAUUGGUUGGGUUAUUCAUAUUAGGUGGUGUCAUUUGGUGGACGUAUUUUAGGAAUAAUCCCAAGCUUGGUGGGUUUUCUCCUCAUUAUGCACUACUCGAGUAUGCAUCUGGGACUCCUGUGCCACUUUCAUACAAGGAUCUUAGGAGGGUAACCAAAGGGUUCAAGGAGAAACUUGGAGCUGGGGGAUUCGGAGCUGUUUACAAAGGAAGUCUUUACAACAUGGCUGUUGCGGUGAAGCAACUUGAGGGUAUCGAGCAGGGAGAGAAGCAGUUUAGGAUGGAAGUCGCGACUAUCAGUAGCACUCACCACUUGAAUCUGGUGAGGCUGAUUGGUUUUUGCUCUGAAGGCGGUCACAGGCUGCUAGUCUACGAGUUCAUGAAAAAUGGUUCCCUUGAUAAGUUCCUCUUUGUAGGGGAAAAUCAAUCCUUUAACUUGAAUUGGGAGCAAAGGUUCAACAUUGCAGUUGGUACUGCAAGAGGGAUUACUUACCUUCAUGAAGAAUGCCGUGAUUGUAUAGUUCAUUGUGACAUAAAGCCGGAGAACAUUCUCUUAGAUGAUAUUCUCAAUGCCAUAGUUUCCGACUUUGGACUUGCAAAGCUCAUCAACCAGAAAGAACAACAAACUCGCAAGCUUACAACCUUCAGAGGGACAAGAGGAUAUUUGGGGCCAGAAUGGCUUGCUAAUCUGCCAAUUACAUCGAAAUCUGAUGUCUACAGCUUUGGGAUGGUUUUAUUAGAGAUUGUCAGUGGUAGGAGAAACUUUGAAGUUUCAGUGGACACAAACAUGACAAAAUUUUCCAUUUGGGCUUAUGAAGAGCUCGAGAAGGGUAAUAUAAUGAAUAUAGUCGAUAAGAGGCUAGGUGAAGAGUUUGAUGUGGAGCAAGCUAGGAGAGCUCUUCUAGUAGGCUUUUGGUGCAUCCAACAUCAACCAUCUCAGAGGCCGGUGAUGGGGAAAGUGGUGCAAAUGCUUGAAGGAGUUAUACCUGUCGAAAAUCCACCUCCUUUGAAGACUAAUGAGGAAGAUUAAGUGGAUUUAUGUACUAGCAUUUGUGUUAGUACCAGCAUUGGUGCAUCUUCUUCAGUGCAAAAAUCCUUUGUCUCUGAACGUCCGUCUUCUUCUCUUCUACAGGAAGAAAAUGAUAUGAACAGAUGAAUUAUUACACUUUGCAUUUUCUAGUAUUAUUCUGCUAUGCAGUUUGAUACAGAGUGAUGCAACCUUGUUUGUUGUAAAAUUAGUAGAUUAUCAUUCAUGAUUAAUGAUGUAUGUAUUAGUGUAUUUACCAAAUAUAUAAUUGUUUGUAUUGUUCAUCACUUUU